AUGUCCCAACACUCGCGAGUCAUCAUUGGCUGUGGUGAAUCUCGAACUCCGACAUAUCCUUGUGAUGCCCUGCGGCACUUUUAUUCUUCGUAUGUGACAGUGACGACAUCUGGCGGAGACCUCACUAAGCAGCACACUGAGCUUGCAAACAUGGCGGACCCCAUGAAUGAGACGGAAGGCCAAGUCGGCAUAUUGAGUUCGCUGGUAUCCGAGAUAGUGGAAAGCCCCCUGAACAUAUGUCUUUUGUGCGUGUGCAUUUACCUUCUUUACAAGUUAGUUGGCUCCCGGCUCAAAGGUGACGAGCGUUCCUCGGCAUCGGACUCACCCUCACUCCCUAAGAUGAAAAAGAGGGACUUCACCAUCGAUGAACUGAAAAUUUUCGAUGGGAAACAAGGUGAUGGAAGGAUAUUGAUUGCUGUCAACGGCAAGGUCUUCGAUGUCACAAGGGGGAGGAAGUUCUACGGAGAAGGGGGCCCAUACUCUGUCUUUGGUGGUCGAGAUGCCUCUCGGGGUUUAGCAACAUUCUCCACUGGUGAAGUGAAAGAUGGAUAUGAUGACUUGAGUGACCUUACUACAGCACAGAUGGAUUCUGUCCGAGAAUGGGAGCAACAAUUCAUCGAGAAAUAUGACCUUGUGGGAAGAUUACUGAAACCAGGAGAGCCUCCUCACAAUUACUCUGAUGAUGAAGAUGAGGAAAGCAAGUCCAAAGAUGCAUGAACAAGCCCAGUCUUGCCAGUUGAGUUUUAUGCCACUUGUACAAAAGGAAAAGAAAAUGAAUCCUGUCACCUUAAUGGGCCCCCAUUUCCUAAAAUGAUAUCUGCUUUUUCAUGGCAAUUUAUAUUGACUGUGAUUGUGGGGAUUUUAAUAUUUUGGGUGGGAAGAAAAUUCACAUCCUUGUUCAUCUGAGUUCUCAGCUCAUGUCCUCCUGUAUCAUAUCAAUGUAUUGUGAAAGUUUGAAUGAAUAAAAGGCAUGUAUGAAGGCA